CCUGCUCUACGCUUCUUCCUAAUUAUGCGGACAGAAUCACAGUAAAGAAACAAUUAAUGAGCUUAGCUUAGCUUGAAUUGGAUGGUCCAAAUCAUCUCAGCUUUGAUGCUCUUCUCUUCUACUUCUCUUCUUCUCUCCCUGCACCUGCUGCCUUCAUCAUUCUGUUGUGCCAAGGCAGCCUGGUUCUACCGCUGCAUCGGCCUCGACCCUUAAUUAUUAGCUUGCUUUUACCCUCUGUUUACUUUGAUUUAUGGAGGUUAGGGUGAAGAAAGGGUUUUCUGAGAAGCAAAAGAGCAAGAUUGAUGUGAAGAGGAAUAGUACUAGGUUGUUGAUCACUGUGAAUGUGCCGGGAAGUGCAGGGCCGUUGAGGUUUGUUGUGAAUGAAGAUGAUAAGGUUGCUGGGGUUAUUGACAUGGCCUUGAAGCAAUAUGCUCACCAAGGUCGCCUCCCUCUCCUCGGCUCUGAUCCCACUCAUUUCCUUCUCCUCCCUACAAGUUUAGGACUGGAAGCACUGGGUGCCUCAGAACUGAUAGGUUUAUGCGGCGUAAGGAACUUCAUUCUGUGCAAGAAACAGCCUGCAGAGCUGAGAGAAAGCAGGUGGAAGGCAGAGGGGAUGAUUGACCAGAAAAGCAAAAGUAGCAGCUGCUGGAAGACAUGGCUGAACAAGUCCUUUGCCUUCAAGAUUCACUUCCACUGAAUCAUCCAUCUAUCCCACAUAUAUAUAUAUAUAUAUGCCUCAACCAUCAAGUCUUUUGCCUUACAUUAAAAAGAAAAAGUUGUCCACUAAUCUUCUUGUUCUUCUCUAACUCUUUUUCCUUACAAAAUUUACACCACCUCCUAGCCUCUUUCUAUGGACAAUGAUGUGAAGAUUGAAUAAUGUAAUGGGCUUGUUUGGUAAUUGGCAGAUCCCCAUCAUUUUCA